AAAACUAUCAAAUUUUUAAAUAUAAUGAAUUUGACCAAAACUUUUUCUCAAUGUUUACGUUUGGCAGUUAGACCCUCUUCAAAUUUUUGGGUAGAAUUUAGUUUAAUUGUUGCAAUCAAUUUCAUUUGGUUUGCUUUUUUGCUAAAUCACAACGUCCGCUCCAGUUGCAGCUGUUUCAUCCCGUCCGGAACCGAGUCAACCGAUGGUCUAGCCUGCGACGCGCUCGGCUGUUGCUACGUCAAUGGCGCAGCCACCAGCCAGGGACUUGGAUUAAAGUCAAAAAUAUCAGGUACGCCAGGUGGUGUUGCUGCAAUCGGUUUGCCGUCGGACAUUCCCCUAACCAGAAUAUUCAGCGGUUCCGAUUCGAAGGAGGCAGCCACAGAAGCACAGACUGCUUUGGUUCAGCAAUACGCUCCGGCAGGACGAUGCUCGUGGAAGAUCACGCAGUUCCGGUCCUGUGCACAAGAACAGGCCGAUUUGACCCUGUGCGAAGGUUUCAACGAGUCGCUCAGGCAUUAGUAGCAGAGUCCUUGCACCUACAGCUUGUCGAGUGAGCAAUUCCGACGAAACCACACCGUUCGCACCAAGUUGGAUCACAAUAAUAAGUGCGACGUCGAGAAGAAGACUUCCCGAGAGCUACAAGCAAUGCUACAAGAUUAAAUAGCAGGGUAUUUUUAACGUGACCAUGGUAUAACGUAGCGGAUCUAGACAGAUUUAUCCCGCAGAAUAAGAGCAAAAUUACCCAAAAACUAACAGCUGCUCUCGUUAGAUUAAAUCCCAGGAAGUAUAAUUUUCAUUGCAUUAUUUAGUCAACCGAAAUUGAAGCUAGGAAUUAACUUUCGAAAGCUAGCCGCGGUUUCACGUAUCCUGGCACUAAGUAGAGUGUGCUAAGUUAUUACAAAUAUCAGU